CUCUAUUUUCAGUUAGUGGACACUUACUUACCCUUUUUUCUUCCUCUUUUUUUGGGGUCUGACAUUCAAGUGGAAAGUGCUGUCAUUGCUAUCUGUUGUGCAUUAUAUUAUUAUUCAUUCAUACAUUCAUGAAGUGGCUAUUGUUGCUCAUUCCAAUACCGAGUUCCUUUGUUUUUCUUCAACCAUGGCUUUCUCUACUUGCUUUUGCCAUUCUAAGAUUGAUAACUUGGGGAAGACUGGGCAAAAGUAUUAUCUCCCUAUCAGAAGCAAUGAUGCUAAGUUUGAGCUAUGUAAAAAACUCAUUGUGAAAAGUAGAAUCAACUUAAUCAGAGAUUGGAGUUUCAUUGGAGGAUCAAGAAUUGUUGUGAAACAAAAAAUUAUGAGAUUGGUGGCAUCUCCUAAAAAAGCCAGUCCAGUAAAUGCUUCUUUGUUAUCUGGAUCACAACUUGCUAGCAGUGCCUUUACAAUAGGAACAGCAGCAGUACUCCCAUUUUACACUCUCAUGGCUCUAGCUCCGAAUUCCGAGCUAACAAAAAAGUCUAUGCAAAGUAAUGUGCCAUAUGUAAUUCUUGGCAUUUUAUAUGCAUAUUUAUUGUACCUUUCAUGGACACCUGAGACAGUUGAACUUCUUUUUGCAAGUAAAUAUUUGCUACCAGAGCUAACUAGUAUAGGAAAAAUGUUCUCUAGUGAAAUGACUUUAGCUUCUGCUUGGAUUCACCUGCUAGUUAUUGAUCUCUUUGCUGCAAGGCAGGUAUUUCAAGAUGGACAAGAGAAUCAGAUUGAGACUAGGCAUUCAGUUUCUCUAUGCUUGUUCUUUUGCCCUAUUGGGAUUCUUUCUCAUGUCGUAACCAAAGCAAUGACUAAAACUACCAAAGAAAACAAACAUGGUUUAUAGAGGGCACAUGCUUGAACUCCUAUAAGAAUUUUCAGGUUUAAGAAUAUCAGAAAUUCAUUGUAAGUUGUUUUUCUAUCACAAUUCACAAAUGUAUGUGUCCAUCAUGUUUGGUCGUAGUUGCAACAUCAGAAUUUAGCACAUAGAUCAUGUAUAUGUAAUAGUAUAAAUCUUUUAGUUUUAAAUUUAACCGAAAAUUUAAUCUUUUAA